AUGGUGCCCUUGGAAUUUGCGGUUGUCCCUGCACUGACCAUCAUUUAUGGCAGUUUAGCUUGCAACGAUAUCAAGCUCUUGGCCAGGUGGCUUUGGGCGGGAUAUUUUCGGAAGAAAGGGGACGAUGACGGAACCAAUGAUGCGUCAAAACAUCGCAUGGAUGAGGCGUUGCAGACACUGACCGAAGAGAAUUUUGCCACUGCCAGCAACUUGCUGCAGUAUGCUAUGCUGCUGGCAGUCAUACUGUUCGCAUCGAUGGGAAGUCCUUUGUUUGCCGUGUUGUGCUUUCUCAAAUCCGUUGUUUUCAUGGUGAUCGCAAGAGGCCACUUCAGGAUGACCGCAAUCUGGGCACGAAGAUACCUCGUACUCAGCUACCUGUUGUUUAUCCCCUUCUUUUGGGCUCCUGCACGGAAGGAGGUGAUCAUGGCUUACCGUAUCAUGAUGGUGAUCCAAUGCGUGGACAGCCAAUUGCACAUCCCAUGCCAGUUCCUUCUGUCACUGGCAGAAGCCAUCUUCCACAUGUGGACCCAUGGUGUAGAUGAGUUGGCAAUCCCCCGCAUCAUCAUCCAAGUCUUCGCUGCUGCGACAGCCAGCACCGUCAGCGUUGUGCUUGAGAACUGCUUGAAGCAGCGCCUUGAAGCGCAGUUCAGGUCAGCAGACGACGAGACCAUCACAUCCGGCUUCCGGCGGGUCCUCCGAGGGAUUUGUGAUGGUGAGAUCCUUCUCAAUGGCGAUUUGAGGAUUGAGGGCAACGGUCAUUGCCUCAAUCGGUUGAUGUCAACACAAGAAGAUUUUUCAAACAAGCGUUUUCAGGAACUUCUCCUGUCUGACGAAGAGGAACAGACUCGGUUCAGAAACUUCAUUUCCAGCUCUGCAAAGGUAUGCGAUGACACGCCUCCGUGCUUGCGCGUGUCCUUGUGUAGCAGCUCGGUUGCCAGGGUUGGCGUUGAUGUGUACCACGUUGCGCUGCCGCACUUCCGCGGCUGCAAAGAGAACUAUCAUCUCUUGGCCUUGAAGGAGGACUCGGAGGUUAAGGCAAUUCCCGAUGCCCCGCCACAGAGCUUCGACCAGCUGCGUGCGGAAAGAGAGAGCCGGCAGAGGCUGCUUGGAGCCAUGGCGGCGAGAGCCAAAUCUGCUGCUUCCGCCGCCUCCGAUGCGCUCUGUCUCUUCAACUUGCCCGAGAUCUCCGACAUGAUUCUCUGCUUGGACUCGGCCACCCAGGAUAUCAAGCAGCUGCACUUGAAUUACCAAGCCGACACCGAGGCCAUGGGCUUGAAGAAGCUCGUACGGCCCACCGACUGGGAGAAGGCUGUCCAAGCCCUAAGAUCCUACGUUCCCUCUGGAUCAGAAGGCUUGACAG